UUUUGCGCACAGACUGGUGUGGGCUCCGUACUGCGCAGGCGCAGGCGAUGCGGGCGGAAUUAGGGCUGCUCGGAGGGGGAAUCUGGGAACAGUGAGGGCGGAAGCGGUCGCGCUGUGAGCUGAGGCUGCUCCGCCAGCGGGCAGGGGGGCGGUUUCCGCAUCAGAAGCAGGCUCGUCCGCGGAGGUAAACAGCAGCCCCCGCCCGCCCAUAGUGUUUCCAAUAAAUAGAAUCGCAAACAGUACUUGAGAGAAAUGACCCACUGGUUUCAUCGCAACCCUUUAAAGGCUACAGCUCCUGUCACAUUCAAUUUCUAUGGGGUAGCCAGCAGUCCUGCUGCAACAAAGAUUUGCAAUGACUUAAGAUCAUCCAGGGUACGACUCUUGGAGCUCUUUACUGAUUUGAGUUGUAAUCCAGAAAUGAUGAAGAAUGCAACUGAUUUGUACUUUUCACUCUUGCAAGGCUUUAUAGUCUCACUGGAUAACUCUUCCCAAGACUGCAAGUUGCGAUAUAUUCAGAAUUUUAAGUGGACAGACACAUUACAAGGACAAGUUCCAAGUGCCCAGCAGGAUGCUGUGUUCGAACUGGUUUCCAUGGGAUUUAACGUGGCUCUCUGGUACACAAAAUAUGCAUCGAGACUGGCUGGGAAAGAAGAUAUAACAGAAGAUGAAGCAAAAGAUGUUCACAGAAGCUUGAAGAUAGCAGCUGGGAUUUUUAAACAUUUGAAGGACAGCCAUAUCCCCAAACUGAUUACACCUGUAGAAAAGGGGAGGGAUUUAGAGACUCGACUUAUAGACUCCUACAUCAUCCAGUGCCAAGCUGAAGCUCAAGAAGUGACAAUUGCCCGAGCUAUUGAGCUGAAACACAAUCCUGGUCUGAUAGCUGCUCUAGCCUAUGAAACAGCCAAUUUCUACCAAAAAGCUGAUCAAAUGCUAUCCAGUUUGGAUCCAGCGUACACUAUUAAAUGGAGAAAGUAUUUACAAUUGAAGGCAUGUUUCUAUAUGGCAUAUUCAUACUGCUACCAUGGUCAAACUCUGCUGGCCAGCGAUAAAUGUGGAGAAGCAAUCAGAUCUCUGCAGGAAUCAGAAAAAUUUUUUGUCAAGGCUGAAGCAUUAUGCAAAGAAUAUGGUGAAACCAAAGGACCUGGGACUACUGCCAAACCCUCUGGCCACCUCUUCUUUAGGAAACUGGGAAGUCUGGUUAAGAAUACCCUAGAAAAAUGCCAGAGAGAAAAUGGAUUCAUUUAUUUUCAGAAAGUGCCACCUGAGGCUCCUCAGCUGGAGCUGAAGGCGAACUAUGGCCUGGUAGAACCCAUCGUUUUUGAAUUUCCUGCCUUGCAUGCACACUGGAUGCCUGAAACACUUGCUGCAUUUGAUCUCACCAAGAGGCCAAAGGAUGACAGUGCUAAGCCAAAACCAGAGGAAGAAGUGAAACCUCUGAAAGAGCCAGAUAUAAAGCCUCAAAAAGACAGUGGAUGCCAGAUCUCUUAAACACCAUAAGUGCUUUGAAUUCCUUCUACAAGUUGUAUUUAAUGAACUCUGGGGCUUUCAUUUCAGAUCCCUUUUUCUAAUUCUUCUUAAUCCUAAAGUUUAAUUUACUGAUUUAUGUUUAGUAGAAGUCUCUUCAUUGAGAAUGUGGCUGGAUUUAUAAGUGAAAUUAUUUAUAGCCAGGCUUUUUGUUGUUUUAAAUGGGACCUCAGAAUGCGCUGAAAUGUCCACGUUUAUAGAAAGUGUUUUAAGUUUAGGUGGUGGUUCUCAGGUUAGCUUCUAUACCGAGAAUAGCAUACUGAAGUUAGUAUUUCCCACCAUAGGAAAGGGUAGUAGAGUUAAAUAUGUGGUUUCUUUCCAUGAGGUUUAAUUCUUUACAUAUUACUAAUAGUGUGAAGUGCCCAGAACAAACAAGAUACAAAUGGAAACUUUCCAGAAGCAAUCUUUUAGUCAUGUUCCUCACAAAGGCUUAAAACCCUGUCUCAUUCCCAUUCUGUUUCUGAUAAAUGAAAAAAGGAAUUCUCAGCUGGGAUUUAUCCAUGUGGAAAUUUCUAUAGUGAAGUCACUUCACUAUACUUCUUCAGAAGCAGAAUUUCUCCAUAAUCAGAAUGCAGUUUAUACUCAAUUGAAACAACUGGACACUCCAUUCUACUUCACUUUAAAUCAGGUUUCCCUAUACCCAAGUUCAUAGUAACCUGCUUCCUCUGUAUCUUGUUUAUUUUAUCCAACUGCUUACUUUGAAGCCUUUUCAUCUCAAUCUGGGAGUCUGGUGGUGGCAUGAGAGUAUGAGGCAGCAAGUAAGUGGAAAAGAUCUUAAAAUGAAUAUAUCAUGGUGUCAGACUUCCUGACUUUUUCAGAGUUUAAUACUGUGCAGGGUCCAGAAUGAGUGAAUUGUGGGUACUUAAAAUUCAGUGGCUUCAUAGAACUCAGAUUAAUGCAUUUGGCUGUAAUUAAUGUGCUGUAUUUUCAAUUGAGUAAUACCUGCUCUGUCAAUGGCUUCAUAGAACUAAGACAAUGAGUAUUGCUGGCGUUUCAGCACAAAGGAGACCCAGCUCUAGAUCUCCUUUACCUCAAACAUAAAUGGCAUCUUCUCCCAUGCUUCCUUAAUUGCUAGCUGAAAAGAGCACCUUGAUAAAGAGCAGCUGUGGAAAAAAUGACCCCAGGCAAGACUGAGGCUGAUUGGAAGAAGGAAGUGCUCUGAAGAACUUAUUGUUUAACUUUCCCCACUAUUGAGGACUUAGACAAGUUAGGUUGCAGCCUUGGUGUCGUAUGGGCAUUCAGCAGUAGUGAGUUCAAUAGAACUGUGACAGCAGAAACAUCUAUUUUCAUUUGUAACUGGUCAGAAGAUUGUCUGGCACACAACUAGUCACAGUGGUGUGUUCGUGUGUGUGCGUUCCUUCCAGGCUUGAGCUUUGCAAGUCAUUACACUUAGGAAUAAAGCUCUGCACCUUGAAGAAGCAUCUGCUGAUAAUAAGCACAGCAACCCAUGUGUUUAGCAUCGCGGGUUACAAGGAAAGUAUGCUCCAGUGCUCUGCUGUCUCCAUUCAGUACAGAGAUCAGUUCAAUGACUGUCUUGAUAUUCAAAAUCUUCUGUGGGACUGGAUGUAGCUUCCUGGCAGACCGGGACUUUCCACAACAGCUGGAACAAAGAAGCUGUUGGCCAAUAAGAGGUAAUUUAUGAAGUUGGGAAAUCGAACUUUCACAGAAACUGGACUGGACCAGGCAACUCAUUGCUACAAGAGAUAGGAAUGAUUGUGGUGCUAACCACUAUGGACAGAUCAGAUGCAAAACUCAUUUCUUCAAUUUUCCUUUCUCCUAAUCAGUUCUAUACAUGCAUUCCCUAUAAACUAAUCAAACUAUUUCUCUUACAGGUUGUAAAGGACAAGAUAAAGUAUAUUUUUAACUAUUUGAGGUAUUUAGAUGUUUCGGGGGGGGGGGCAGGGCAAUAAGUACCUGGAUAGAUACUUCUCUCUCACAACUUCUCUAUAUUUUUUUUCUUGUUGCAUCCCAAGUUUUGAAGGAAGGUAGCUGAGUAUGUUUGGCCAAGUUUUCUCCAAGUGUUGAUUUACUGAUGUGAAACUUCCAGUCUUCUGAAUAAUUAUAGGGGCCAUUUUAGGAUCUCCCACACUGGUAGUGGUGAAGGAGUUGAAGGUGGAGAAUGGAGGUAGGAAGUAGGACAAAUGUGUAUUGUUGCCACAAAAUCCUGUUCUUUUAAAGUAUAUUCUAUCCUUGCAGUUAUGUGGCUUUCAUUUUACUAAAGGAUAAGAAGCUGUGAGUAGCUCCAUGCUCCCAGUCCUAAAUUUGCAGUAUGUACUCUGUUACUCUUUUAUUCUUAAUAACCUGUACUGAGGCAUUUUUCUACUGACAGACAAUUUUAUCUCCUCUAAUUAAAGUUAAGCUUUAAUAAAACACAGUUUUCUCUUAAUCCCUGCUGAUGACUAUUGCACAGAUUCGCCUGUUUUUAUUGUCUUGCACAUGUAUGUUCAUGCACCUGCAUUGGUGCUUUUCACCAUGUGUGUGCUGUAGCAUAUAAAUUUCUUCCUAAAAUCCAAAUCUAUAUUUUUUUGUAACCAUUGACCAGAUCUUCCUUCCAAAAGUUUAUUUUAUUAACUUGCAUAUUUACUGGAAUUUAGACCCUGGCAUUGUAUUAUCGCCUACAUUCUGGAACUAAGUGGCUUGUUUGAUUUAAAUUCACUGUAAAUGUUUGCUGACUGUGUACAACUCAAGUGUUAGAUAAUGGCAUUACUAAGCCAGGCUGUAACCUUGUGCUGGUCCCAGGCUGUAGAAGUUUCCAGUGACCACAAGAUGAUAGCUUUAAAAACUGAUUAAAAGAAUGAGUCCGUUCUCUUAAACUUUGUUGCUUCUCAAGACUUACUUUUGUUUACUCACUACAUACCACAGGCUUUAAAAUACGAGUAGUCUUGCUUGUGGGCAAGGAAUAUUGUUAUAGCCAUGUCGGUCCUGGGAUAAUGAGACAAGGUGAGUGAGAUAAUAUCGUUUAUUGGACCAACAACCAUUGGUGAGAGACAAACCUUUUGAGCUUACACAGAGCUCUUCUUCAGAAAUUAAGAGCAUCAAGCUAAAUACUGUGACAUUCGUAGUACCUUUCCCCAGCUUGAAGAGCUCUGUGUACCUUGAAAGCUUGUCUCUCUCUCACCAACGGAAGUUGGUCCAAUAAAAGAUACUAGCUCGCCCACCUUGGCAAGGAAUAUAGACAUUUUAGUCUGAAAAGAAGUAGAGGAUGUUAAUCUGUAAUGGGUGAUUCCCUUUUGAGUUCUUACGAAGCAGGAAGAUUUUGUUAAGGUAUUUAAAUACAGACACUCCAUUCUUUGAGUUAAUUAUUCCAUUUGCUUAAGCAAUUAGCCUAACUGAGGGGCUUCAAUUGGUCUGCACAUAUAAAUAUAUAUAAUACAUUUCCUUCUGCUAAGAUUUCCUUUUAAUUUUUUAAAAGAUAAUGUAUUUCAUAAGGUGACUUUCUAAUAUUAACAUCAGAAUUAGUAGGCCUCUCCUUUCUUACAAUGAGGACGUGGUUUUAGUGAUGGUCUCCAUCUGUGGGUGCAAUUUUACAUUUACUUACACCCAGGAAAAAAAAAGUUGAUGUAAACGUCUGAUGUCAGACUUGAUACUUGUGCUCGCACUUCUCUGUGGCUGGAAAUUUUGCCUCCACUGUGAAGUCAAACACUAGAGUACUAGCUAAACAUCAGACUCUUGGUGUUUUUUGUCCUUUUAAAAUAUUUAACACGAGGGCUCAUAGUAGCUUAAUAAUUAAAGCAAAACAUAUCCUUUAUAGGAAAAUAGUUCGAAAUGCAAUUAAUACACUUACGAUGUGUGUCUCACUCCAUGAUCCAUGUUACUAGGUUAAUAUGAAAUGUAAUCAUUUAGCACGUAACACUCUGUACAUCCAAAGGACUAAAUCAGGUCCUUGAAUGUGCAUGCUCAUCUCUCACGGGCUUCUAUUGGAGUCUUGUAUGUGCAUCCAAGUGCAGGAUUUGGUCCGUUUAUGUAUUUACUAUGACUAAUUGGCUGAUAUACCAUGACAAUGCAAUACCUGUGCAUAGUCUAAGAAAGAAAGCAGACACUUGUUUAUGUACAGUAUUGUAUAGCCAACUUUGCACUUUAGUAACUCUAAUUCAUUUUUAGUACUGUACAAUGUGCUUGUAAAUACUCCUUUAUUUUUGUUUCUGUUGUACUGAUUGCUGCAGUCUGAUACUAGUGAGAUUUCAUGGGAAAACAUUAAAAUUUAAACUGUAUUGUCCUCUGUAUGUAUAAAAUAAACUGUUAAUGCAAUUCUUGA